UACUGUUAAUGAAAUAGUUUUGGUUGUGGGAGGUUCGCUGCUUUUCCUUGUAGUUUUCUGCCUCCUUUUUCAGCUUUUCUUUCUCGGCUAUCCAAAAUGGGGGAUGACAUAAUUCCAGUCAGACUGAGUUUCAGAGGAAAAGAUAUUAAGUUCUCUUUGGUUCCUAACCUGGCAGUCACUGACGUUAGCAAUGAAAUAAGAAAGCAGUGUGGACUGCACAGUGCUGCUCCAUUCAACCUCAAGUAUCUUGAUGUUGAAAACGAUCCUGUUAGUGUUUCAUUGGACAGGCAGAGGGAAUGGGACGAAGCUAUCAGAUUAUUCUUUUACAACGAAGAGAAGGAGCUUCAACUCCAUGUAUUUGAGGGCCCACCACCUAAGCCUGGUGAACUGUGUGAAGGAGAAGACACUCGUGUGUAUCAUCGUCGAGGUGCUAGGAGGUGGAGGAAAGUCCGUCGUAUCAAUGGUCACGCAUUUGUAGCUAAGAGACUACAGGCUGCAUAUUGUGCCAAAUGCCGUGAGCGUAUCUGGGGUCUUGGAAGACAGGGCUACAAGUGUGAGGCCUGCAAGAUGGUGGUUCACAAGAGGUGCUGCUACUAUCUUAAUAAAGAUGAGAUAUGUGCAGGACAUCCACCUGCAAAGCAACCAGAGGAAUCUGACAAGAAGCCAUCGGAUCCGUUUAAUGACUUCUUGAAUAUCAAUCCUGUAUCUGAGAGUCAAAUAUCACUUGAUGACUUUGACAUUCUUAAAGUUAUUGGACGUGGAAGUUAUGCCAAAGUAUUGAUGGUUGAAUUAAAACAGACCAAGAGAAUAUACGCUAUGAAAGUAAUCAAGAAGGAGCUGGUUAUGGACGAGGAGGACAUUGACUGGGUACAGACUGAGAAGCACGUGUUUGAGCAAGCCUCCAAUCAUCCUUUCCUUGUUGGACUCCACUCUUGCUUUCAGACUGAGAGCAGAUUAUUCUUUGUUAUUGAGUGUGUUAAUGGAGGUGACCUCAUGUUCCACAUGCAACGUCACAGGCGUCUCCCCGAAGAACACGCAAGAUUCUAUUCGGCUGAAAUUGCUCUUGCACUUAAUUUCUUACACGAGAAAGGUAUUAUAUAUCGUGACCUGAAGCUCGAUAAUGUUCUAUUGGAUCAAGAUGGACACAUCAAACUAACUGACUAUGGAAUGUGUAAAGAAGGAUUGAGAGCUGGUGAUACUACUAGUACAUUCUGUGGUACUCCUAAUUAUAUUGCUCCUGAAAUACUCAGAGGACAAGACUAUGGUUUUUCUGUUGAUUGGUGGGCUCUUGGUGUUCUAUUGUACGAGAUGUUAGCUGGUAAGAGUCCUUUUGACGUUGGGGGACACGACAUGUCCGAUCAGAGCACUGAAGACUAUCUCUUUCAAGUAAUUCUUGAAAAGACGAUACGUAUACCUCGCACUUUGUCAGUGAAAGCUGCUCAAGUUCUGAAAGGUUUCCUAAACAAGAGUCCAGGAGAGAGACUAGGCUGUCACCUUCAGACAGGCUUUGCUGACAUCACCAAUCACUCAUUCUACAAGACAAUUGACUGGGAACUGUUGAGAUGUCGUCAGAUCACUCCUCCCUAUAAGCCACGUAUUGAUAGUGAUCGUGAUCCUUCUAACUUUGAUCCACAGUUUGUUACUGAGCCCAUUCAAUUCACUCCUGAUGACCCUGAAACCAUUGGUCACAUUGAUCAGUCCGAGUUCGCUGGCUUUGAAUACAUCAAUCCUUUGCUCAUGUCUAAAAUUGAAGAAGUCUAAUUUUAAAUCUUUUAAGUUCUUUGUCACAGAACAUAACUUAUUAUUAUUAUUAUUAUUAUUAUUAUUAGUGAAUCAUCAUCAAUGACUAUUAUAAUUGUAGGGGUUUUUCAUUUAUUUUUAAUGCAGAUAUUGAUAAUUUUUAAUAUUUUUGUGAUAAAAAAGUAAUUAUUGAUAAAAAUUAUACUUGCAUAUCUUUGUGUAAUCGUGGGGCUACAUUUUCACCUUUUUUGGAUACUGCUGCUCAGUAUCUACUUAAUUAAAAUAAUUAUGGAAACA